GCAGAGUAUUAUGUAUGUAUAUGCGCGUACAAUUAUAUAGUCAUGUGCUUUUAUACUUGGUUUUUCCGCAAUAAAUAGGUAUUGUUAGAUAGAGAGACUUCUCAUAAAAAAAAAAAAAACAAAAAUAUAAAAUGUUGGUUAUUUUUAACACUGAAAUUUUUGCUAAGCGCACACUCAAGCGCGAGAAAUGUCAAUUAUUUUUUGUGUGACCAGUAAAACAUGUGUGUGCAUUAAAUAUCCAAAAACAAACAACUCCGGGAAAGUUUUCACGGAACCUAGAAGGAACGCUUUCCGUGUACGAGGGUGUCGUCGAGCAAUCACGUGGUCGACAACGCGCACACGUCAGCACGUAAAAGUCCCAUCCCGAGGUGUGCAAGUGCGUUCCCACCGUUUCGCAAUGCCUUUAAUCAGUCGGUUUACACACUUCAGUUUGUUACGAGACUCGAGACGAUGAGGUUCGUUAACAUUUGUGUAAACACGGCCGAUAUCAUAACGCCGAACCUAGCCGAACCCAGUUUGACCCCUAACCUAACCCUAACCUAAAACAUCGGACAGGAAGAAAAAGGAAACGGUGGCGGAUAUAUGCGUCGACGGGAACGAAACGGAGAAGAACGUCGGGAAGAGAUUCGACUUGCGACCGACUCGACCGAACGUGUGACGCUCGACAACAAGUGAAACGGCAAUUGUUGCAAGAAACGAGGGGCUGGAGAAACGAAGAUUAAUCCGUUCGAGAGUGUGUGUGUGUGUGUGUGUUUCGCGAAUCGUGACAACAGACGGGCAGAGGCUUGAAGGAAAGCUCGUUGUUGCUUACUUUGCAUCUGGUGCGGUGUUACUCGAUUACCGUUACGUUUGCUCGGUGAGAAGUAGUUUUCUGUUUCAAAUAAUCGGAGUAAUCCGAAAGAGAAGAACCGAGAAGAACUUCUCUGAUCUUCGAAAAUGUGGCAUCCUUCGAGCAAAACCACCUACGAGGUGAAGGACGAAAAGAAGCUACUGGAUGAGGACGACGCCGCGGGUAACGUCGACUCUGGAUUUCUGUCGGCCGGCAACAUACAGUACAGCGGUGAGAUCUGCGAUUCGGAUUUACUGCGGGAUAAGGAGGAGUCGGGAAGCGCGCCGAUCCCGCCGGACGGGACGUCCUCGUCGUCGGCGGCGAUCGCGGACGAUCUGAUGAAGACUACUGACAGCGGGAUUGUGGACGUUGAUGUCAGCGAGAGUCUGAGUCACCUGAAACUGGAGCAGAUCACUCUGAACUCGCUCAAUUCUGACAAUCAGAUUCACAACGAGCCGACGGUGCGCUCCUCCGAGUGCUCGCCGAACGCCGCCACCCACGAAGUACUGGAUUACGUGAAAUUGCUCCUCCACGAUGUCAAACAACAGCAACAGGAUUUCGACAAAAAAUGCGCGACGCUUAAACAGGAGCUAACGCGACUUUAUGGCAUGCAGGACGAGGAUGGUAACACGGAAUUACACAUCACGAUAAUACACGAUCCGGAAGGCGCGUGUGCUUUGAUAAAGCUGGCACCCGACCCGUACUUCUUGAACAUCCAGAACGAUUACUGGCAAACACCGUUGCAUCUGGCGGUGCUGACGGAACAGCCGGUGAUAGUCAGAAAUCUGAUAGUGGCCGGCGCAGAUCCGACCGUGAGAAAUUACAGCGGAAACACAGCUCUUCACCUGGCCUGCAUGAGAGGGGAUCUCUUGUGCACCACAGCUCUCACGGAAUCAUUGACUCCGAGAGAAAGGAGAGACGCUCUCAGCAAACAUGAAAAGAGAGUGCCCGCCUUACCUCAGAAUUUGGAGCAAAUUAACUAUGUUGGUCAGACCUGCUUGCACCUGGCUGCUCUGAACGGUCAUGUGCCCGUGGUGCGUCACCUGCUGCGUCUCGGCGCGAAUCUCGAGGAACGCGAGUAUCUGGCGGGCAGAACGGCUCUUCAUCUCGCGAUAGAAAAGAAACAGUGGCCGGUGGUCACCUUCUUGCUGAAGGAGUGCUCGCCGUGUUUGGAAACACAAACGUACGCCGGUUGCACGGCCUAUCAGCUGGCCGUGUCCAUGAAGUUGUGGCAACUGGCCAAAGAGCUGGAACAGUUGGGCGCGAAACCGAAGCUGCCGCGAAAAUCAGUUUGGGAUUCCGAUAUCGGUUCUGAGGAAAGUUCCGAGAUCAGCAGCGACGACAGCGACGAGGACGAUUAUAACGAUUAAACGCUAUAUUAUAACGCUGCGACAAAAGAUGCGAGAAGAAUAACAAUGAAGAUUUUUAUAUCCACCGAAAGUUUGUAUCCAAUGAAAAAAAGAAAGAAAUUUUAUAUUCGAUACACACAACACGUUAUGCGCAACGUUGCGAUAUUUUAAGUAAUUGUGCGAUGUAUGUUCUGAGCUAACACAUAUUUCUGUUUGAACGAUAAACAAACAACAAAGGUACGUGGAGCUCUCUGGAAACGAAUUGACACACGAUUAACGAACAUUCGAUUAACGAACGAAGCAACGACACGUAUGGGACACAGGCCAAUCAAUUCGAAUUAUCCGAAUUAAUAAUCCGAGAUAGCUGCAUGACAUUGAAUCGACGGCGCCGAAAGAGAAGUGUGAUGAAUAUACUCAUACGAGAAAAUGAAAAAAUAAUUGCACAUGUCGAAUCGCGAUAAAUCGCGCUGUAAAUAGAGAAAAAAAUAGGGUCAAUUCACAUUCGACGGAUGAAAGUACGACCGGGAGGAAUAAAAAGAAGAGUUUUUUUUUUUUGUUGCUAUCAAUAGACCGUAAGAUGGGGAUUCAAUAAUUUCACUUGGAAA